AUGACACGCAUUAUGGCUGUUCUAAGCUCGUUACCUCAACCAGUGCAGGAAUUGGCUCUGCGGGAUAUAGAAAACGUGAACGUUACCGAUGAGGAAACUGUGGCAAAUCUCCAGAACGUCCUGGGAAGCCUUCGCUCUCUCAGACUCAACAUCACGAACGUCAGUCGUGGCAUGUCAGGGAGUUCAGACUAUCAGCGAGACCCUCCGCAGAAGUUCCACUCCGAGCUGCCCUCGUUCUGGCUCAAACCAACGAUGUCAAACUUGGAGCACUUGACUCUGUACUCCAGUCUUUACUUUGGGUUCUACCCCAUAUGUGACCUUCGCGACAUCCACUUCCCACGUCUCAAGACACUCGCCUUGGGCAACCACACCUUCAUCCACGACUCUCAGCUCGAGUGGAUCCUAUCGCACGGCUCAACCCUUACGGAGCUAUACCUGGAUGACUGCGUGAUCGUCUGGGAAGCGGCGAUCUACCACCGCGACUGCGGACCGACACUUCUCCCACGCGAAGACUUCCGCACGCACCCGGACCUCCCCGAUCAGCUCUAUACGACAUACGACAAACGCUGGGUGGAUUACUUCCGGGCUUUCGAAAAGGGCUUACCGAACUUGCGGCACUUUCGCUUUGGGCAUUCCCCGUACUGGUGGGACGAGGAUACAACUCCCUUUGAGCGCGAGUCUGAGAUCGACAUUGGAUUCCACGAGGAAUGUUACGUGGUCUUCUGCGACGGCUUCCUGCCGUGCGAGUACAUGCAGCACAUGAUCUGGAGGAAGGAGGAAGAAGGCGGAGGCCGUAAAUACGUUGAUGGCAAGGCAAUCAAGCCGUCCGCGGAGGAUCGCCAGGCCUUGGUGGACCUGUGUGCCAAGGUCGGGCAAACGAUCACGCUUCAUGAGGAUGAUUUCUUGUGUCGGUGA